AUGUUGCCCGUAAAAAAAACUGUAGCCCAAGCAGUUUCCAUUCUCGGUCGUUCUGUGUCUCCAACAGAGCAGCUUGCUCUGAUCAAGAAAUCCAAUGCAGAUCGUGAAAUCAGAGACCUUCUCCGACAGUGCCUCAUCUCUGCAAUGAACUUCGAGUCUUCCAGCAAAGAAAGUUUAGAAAAAUCGAAGACUCUUGUUCGAAAAGCCGGUGACACUUGCGAAAUCAGCUCUCGUUCUGCCGCCUUCACAGCGGCGUCUGCAAUGAAACUCAAAAAAUGGAAUGAAGUGGAUGAGAUGCUUCAGAUGGCCACAUAUUGCCCACCGGCGAUCACUAGUUCGAUUCGAGUGAAAUCCCUCGCUGAACAGUCUAAAUUCAAUGAAGCACUGGCCGAACUGGAGAAGGUGCUCAUGUUUGAAGAAGAAGUUUUCUCCACAGGAAAUUAUAGUAUCAGUGAUGAAGCCUUGGAUGCUCUUUGCGACGCCAUCAAAGCCGAGCCAGAGUCUACAGAGAAAAUGAAACGAUUUCGUAAUCUACAAAGACUGGUGACAAAAUACGGUCGGCGAACUGAUAAAUCAAUUGAAGACUUGUUAUUCAGCCCGCUUCGUUUGGAAAAUUCCGUGCCAGAAGCAGAGAAAGUUGAUCCAGAAUUUAUGAAAUCCCAAAAAUUCCAAGACUUUGUAAAACAGAUUCCCUAUUUGAAGGAUGAAAAAUUGAAGUUGUGA